AUGGGCUUCCCCCGGGCAGGGCGGGCGGAGACGCGGUGCUCCGCUGCCCGGGGGGCGCCGGGAGCCGUGCCCGGCGGGACGCGGGCGCCGGGGGCGAUGCGGGGGGGCUGGAGGUCACCGGGGACAGCCCUCAGUGACCCUCGCUGCCCUGCAGGACUCGCCGCCUUCCUCAGGAACGCCUGGGCCAAGGAGCCGGUGCUGGUCGUGUCCUUCGCCAUCGCGGGGCUGGCCAUCAUUCUGCCCCCGCUCAGCCCCUUCACCAAGUACUCCACCAUGAUCAACCAGGCCACACCCUACAACUACCCAGUGCCCCUCCGUGACAACGGCAACCUGCCCGAUGUGCCCAGCCACCCGCAGGACCCCCAGGGCCCCAGCCUGGAGUGGCUCAAGAAGCUGUGAACGCCUGUGUGGAGACCCCAAUAAACCUGCGGAGACCUC